CCACUCCACGCCCACACGUCGCAUUCUCCCCCUUUCGUUGUCUUUCCCCGUCCCAUUCCCUCCGCUCCCCACUCCGCAGCAGUUCCGCACCGACGCCCUCGCCCUCACCCUCCCCAAAGCCCUAACCGCUCGCCCGCUCCGCCGCCAUGAGGUCCAAGGCCAACGGAGACACCGCGUUCAAGGCCUCCGGCAAGAACAAGACGGCCACCGGCGGCGUCGCCAAGCCGAAGCGCGCCCCCACCCCCUUCUUCGCCUUCCUGGCUGAGUUCAGGCCACAGUACAUGGAGAAGCACCCCGAGGCAAAGGGCGUCGCGGCCGUCACCAAGGCGGCUGGGGAGAAGUGGCGCAGCAUGUCGGAUGAGGAGAAGGCAAAGUAUGGCGGCAAGAAGGCAGAUGCCCCAGCAAGCAAGGCGGUGAACAAGAAGGAGAGCACUAGCUCCAAGAAGGCCAAGACUGACGCUGACGAAGAAGGUUCUGACGUUGAGGAUGAUGGCGAGGAGGACGAGGAGUAAAUAGUAGAUGAGGGAACAGCAGUGGUGCAAAUCAGCGUUUGCUGCUUAGGGUUUAGCUUGCCAUGUCGAUGUCCUCAUUAUGUAAUAUGUAAGGAGAAUGUUUAGAUGCGUACUCCUGGGCUGUGGCAUGCUAGAGAUGUCUCUGUUUGACUAUUAGCGAAGAAAAGCUUAAAACCCUUGACUGCUUUUCUUUCUUGGACUUCCACAGCAUGUGGAAACAGUCAUUAUGUUGGCUUGCUAUUAAUCGCGUUAUGUCUUGUGUUCUCCUUUCA